AUGGAUAAGAUCGGUGACUGUACGUCUGCAGAUUCUAGUAAGAGUUUACUGCCAGACGAUGGUGCGAAGAAACUUGGUGACCGGUUGAAUGCUUUGCGGCUGGGCGAUCAUCCCAUAGCAAAAUCCGUUCCCUCGUUCUCUAUAGAUUGCGAGCUGGCAGCCGGGGAUGACGGUGAGCAGUCGUUACAAAAUCUGGCUGAUCUCAUGGAGGCCAAAAAGAACAUUCGGAAGUUGUCGUCCAACGCCGGUAGCGAGCGGUCUCUCACGUCGACCAAGAGCCACGUGGAGAUCGCAAACACGGCGUAUGGGCUGAGGUUGCUGAGCAAGAACAUAUCCAACACGAAGGUCAGUUUGGAGGUCGAGAAGAUGAUCGUCAUAGCCAAGAACACAGACAUGUCGAUGAUAUAUCUGCUAAGAGAAUUUGUUGAGUGGGUGCUCACUCACUUCCCCUACAUGACGAUAUACGUGGAGGAUAUUUACGAACACUCGACGAAGUUCGCAGGGAAGGAAAUUUGCGCGGACUCUGACUGCAAGACGUCCAAGAUCAAGUACUGGAACGAAGAGUUUGUGAGGGAGCAGGACGUCUUUUUCGACCUAUGUGUCACCAUGGGCGGUGACGGUACUGUGCUGUUUGCUUCGACACUGUUCCAGAAGCACGUGCCCCCUGUGCUGCCCUUCUCCCUCGGGUCACUUGGGUUUCUGACCAAUUUCGAUUUUGGCCAGUUCAAGCAGGACUUGCCCGUCAUCCUGAACAAGAAGAUAAAAACGAACUUGCGGAUGCGAUUGGAGUGUAAAGUGUACCGAAAGCGUACCAUUACAAGGUGUCUCGAAACGGGGAAAAAAAAGAGGGUCAUGGAACUCGCCAGCGAGCACCACGUUUUGAACGAGGUGACCAUCGAUAGGGGACCAAGCCCUUACUUGUCAAUGCUGGAGCUGUACGGCGACGAUUCGUUGAUGACUGUGGCCCAGGCGGAUGGGUUGAUCGUGGCGACCCCGACCGGGUCCACGGCAUACUCGCUAAGUGCCGGCGGGUCGCUGAUGUACCCAAGCGUGAAUGCGAUUGCCGUGACUCCAGUGUGUCCGCACACUCUGAGCUUCCGGCCAAUUGUACUCCCAGAUAGUAUUAAACUGAAGGUGAAAGUCCCUGCCAACUCGAGAGGAUCUGCAUGGGUUGCAUUCGACGGCAAAAGCCGCAUCGAGCUGCAGCGUGGGGACUACGUGAUAAUGUGCUCCAGUCCGUACGUGUUCCCGACCGUGGAAUCGUCCCCCACGGAGUUUAUCGAUGGGAUCCACAGGACAAUGAACUGGAACGUUCGAGACGAGCAGAAAACUUUUGAACACAUUCUUUCGAGGAAGAACAGGGAAAGAUUCGUUACGGAAAUGGACGAUGAAUCAGAUGACAGCAGCGUUGAGGAGAUGAUUGUGGAAAACGGUGUGCCGCUUUUGGACGGCAAAGUCAGCCACCUUGACCUCAUUGGGGAGUCCUCGAGCAGCGAGGACCGCGACGAUAUGCAAAUGAGCUCACAUCCACGCGAGAUUGCAGAUAUGCGAGCGGUGCGUGAGUAA